AUGGUGGCUGCAAAGAAGAUGAAAAAGUCGCUGGAGUUGAUCAACUCAAGGCUCCAGCUUGUUAUGAAAAGUGGAAAGGAUGGGUUGGGGUACAAGCAGACUUUGAAGAUGAUCAGACAAGGCAAAGUGAAAUUGGUCAUCCUUGCCAACAACUGCCCAGCUUUUUGGAAAUUUGAAGUAGAGUCCUAUGCCAUGUUAGCUGAAACUGGUGUUCAUCACUACAGUGGCAAUAAUAUGGAAUUGGUCACAGCAUGUGGAAAAUACUACAGAGUGUGCACACUGCCCAUCAUUGAUCUAGGUGACUCUGAUAUCAUGAGAAGUAUACCAGAACAGACUGGUGAAAAGUAA